AUUAAUUUUGUUAGAUUUGCGCCCACUAAGAUUGGAUCUAUGUUCCCAUUAAUUGGAUACAGUGCAUAUGGAAAUGUGGGGUUCACCACAGGCUACAGUUGCGAGCGACAGCUGAAGCCGAAUGGGAAUUGUGUGGACAAAUGGUAUGGAUUUUCAGGAACAUGGAGCGAUGAAGGCAAGAUUAUUCUCAUUGUUGUCAUGUUCUUUGGAAGACUCAAGAAAUUCAACAUGAAUGGGGGAAAAGCAUGGGUACUUUCGUGAAUUCGAAUUUUCUAGCAUAUGACACACCAACUCUUGGGUACCCAGAGGUAGAAGAGAAAGUAAAUACUUGCAUUGAAU